AUGAUGCUAGCCAUGUUACAACCAUGGCAGCCGACCUGGCUAAUGGGCCCUGGAGAUGGCUACAUGCGUAGACUCUUUCUUCGUCGACGUCUCAAGAUGUCAUCGGAUCAUCCUCUCAGACUAUCUCUUUACCGGCCAUUAGAACCUCGCAGUCAGUGCAAAAAUAUACGGCGCCGUCAACCCACUUUGGAUGACUUGGAGUACUCUCAGCGGCUGGACGAUUCAGUUGACUUAAGCCACCUCCAAGUACCAGUCAAUAUUUGCAAAGGUAAACUUGAAAUCACAGCACCUCUCCAACCAAUUAACCCAUCUGACAAAGCCACUUCCCAUACAGUGGAAACAGGCCCCGAGAGUGUUGAUAGGAAAAAAGUUGUUCACAGUGAAGAGGAACAAUCACCACAAUCGGAUGUUCAAAUGACCACUUCCCAUGCAGUGAAAACAGGCAUCGAGACUAUCGAUAAGAAAAAAGUUGUCCAGAGUGAAGAAAGACAAUCACCACAAUCAGAUGUCGAAACUACUAAAGAAAAUAAGAGUGGUAUGAAAGACGCUACGAUCACUGAGAAAGGUGAACAGGAUCAAGCAGAAAGAAAUGGCGCAAUCCGUGAGCGUGCGAUGGAAAUCGAAGACAUAGGCGUUGACGAAGAGUCCGACCGCAUUUCCAUCUCACCAAGUGGGACUUAUAGUGUGAACUGUUAAUAUCGCACGCAGUCAAGCAAAACAUAUUCGUAUUGAAUAUAACCCAUAAAUAUGUACCACAGUGCUACACAUGUAAAUAUACCACAGCGCUACAUACGUAAAUAAUGUAAUGCAAUAAAUUAAAUAUAUGUAAUGUG